UUUGUAAUGGAAAAAGAGAGAAUCCAUAUCAAGCUACUCGGCAGCUAAUCAAUCAUCCGAGUCCACCAGGCUGGGCACAGAAGAUUGUGUCUCUUAUGUACAUGGGGAGGAAGAAGAAACAGCUGGGGCAUGGGAUGGAGUUAUUCUUGGCAUAAAGGAAUCUGUUGUAAGAGAGAAGCAGCUUAUUAUGCUGCAUUAUGGAAUGGCAGAACAAUAUUCCUGCUUUUUUAUGCGACAGAUUUUUGUCUUGCUUGUGUUUACAUUGAUACUAAGUCAUGGGUCACUAGCCACAAGUUGCCACAAGUGGGUUACUUUAGCCUAAUAGCUGUCUGGAUAUCAAGACUUUACAUUCGAAUAGCCUGUCUGCCCAGAGAAGUAGAUCUGGGAGGUGAAGUGGACAGCUGGCAUAAUAUAUGGACACUUGAACCCGGAAAUUAAAGACAGCUGCUGGAUCUAAUUUUAAACAUAGCUCUUGAUCAGAUCUCUCUAGAUCCUGCUUGUCCUGCUACAGCAAAGUCAUUAGUGGGAGUAGAGAGAAAAUACGUGGAAGAUACCGGUAGAGAGCUUUUGUGAGGAAAGGAAUCACCCUUGUUCCAGUGAUGGUGUUUCCAUUUUUCACAGCAAGCUCAGAGAUACCAAAAUUGCGAAAGGAGGACCAAAAAGCUCGAAACGCGCUUUUGGCUGAUAUCCAGCAGGGAACUCGCCUGAGGAAAGUGACUCAAAUCAACGAUCGCAGUGCACCACAGAUUGAAAAACCCAAAGAAGCUAACAGAGAUGGAGGUAACACAGCUGUUAAUAAAGGUGGCUCUCCGCAGCCUCUGGGGGGUUUAUUUGCUGGUGGCUUUCCUGUUCUCAGACCAGCAGGCCAGAGGGACGUGACAGCAGGGAGGCCUGGGCAGCUCUCCGGAGUCCGAGCAGCAUCCCCCAGACCCUCCGCACCGGCGAGCAGCGGCGCUGCCAAGGCGAACAGCAACCCCUCGCAGCCGGCCGAGGGCCCAAGGGCAGCUGUCCCACCGGAGCCUCCCGGCACCUCCCGAGCCGCAGCGGGAGCGGGUCCCGGGCGGCCCAGCCUGCCCGCCCCGCCUCCACCGCCUCCCGCUUCCAGCAAGCCUUCCCUCACCUUCCCUCCUCCUCCCCCUCUGCCCCCGCCGGCCGAUCGCCCGGCCAAGGGGGUGAUCCCCGGCGCUGCUCCCCCGCUCCCUCCCCCUCAGGCUGACAAACCCGCCAAGUCUCAAGCAGGCGCUUCGCACCCGCCCCCGCCGCCGCCCCCUCCUCCUCCUCCCCCGCUGCCCCCCGUGCCCCCCUGCGGGCUGCCGGGCAGGGCCGCCGAGGCCUCUGCGGCCGAAGGCAGGGACUGUCCCCCGCCCGCGCCGCCGCCCCCGCCUCCUCCCCCGCCGCCGCACGCCCACCCCCCGGCCCCCAACAGGCUCUCCUUUCCCCCCUCCUCGGCCUUCAGCGGUGCCGAGGUGCCCCCUCCGCUGCCCCCCAAGUCUCCCCACUUGCUGUCACAGUUCCACAAGCCAAGCAAUAUCCAGUCGCUGCCGCUCCCACCCACCCCCGGCCCCCCUCAGCCCGCAGCCGUGGUGGAUACGAGGAAGAAGAGACCCGGCCGAGGCGCAGGAACUGGUGCUGGGAAGCUGGUCACACCUCCACAGCCACCAGCAAGAUCCCCAACAACUGAACUUACAAGCAAGUCUGGAGUCUCAGCCUGGGCUACAGCGCAUGACCCCUACACACCACUUAAAAAUGGAAAUAUGCACAUCAUUGAUGACUUUGAAUCGAAAUUUACUUUCCAUUCUGUGGAAGAUUUCCCCCCACCUGAUGAAUUCAAACCAUUUCAAAAAACAUAUCCCAGCAAGAUAGCCAGAGAUCCCUCUAAAAAUCCUCCGUUAAGAACACACGUGAGAUGAGAAGAAUCUUCUGAUUGUCUCUGGACUAGUAUAAAAGUCAAGAUCAAGAUAAUAUAUAAAACAGAAGGGGUUCCUGUUGAAGUGAUAGAUUGUACUUGAGUCACAAGUACUGCAAUAUUAACAUUUCUAUAAACUGUAAAACAAUAUACCUUUUGAACUGGCCUGCAUACUACAGGAAUGUUAGCACAGGCUUUUAAAUUACUGUAUAUAGGGGAAUAUUUUUUAAGCAAAGCAGCAUAAAAUUUUAAUUCUUUGUAAUGUUGAAACAGUUCUCAUUCUUACCAUGCUGACAAUGUUACCUCAGAAUGUUUUGUGCUACGUGCCUGUAGUUCUUUUUUCCUCUUCCAUCAUAAUUUUUGGAAAUUCCCCAGUUAUUAUUCAGACAUUUUUUCAAUGAACUGUCAAACUAAUAUGCUAUCUUUAGUCUGUUUUUAUGUUUCUUCACUUCUUCCAUUCUGCCUGGCCUCAGAUUGCAGCAGGCUGUCACUUUUAUGAAGAGAUGGGCCCACAGUCCUUUUCUCAUGAAGCAUGAAGAAGAGAUGCCAAGGAGCUGUGCCUGCUAAUGAACCUACCUCCUGAUGAUUACAUAUCCUUAUAGGAUAGUGUCUGAAGAAGCUCAGCUGGGUAGGGUGGUCAUGGACUUGACAGAGAUGACAGAACCUUUCCAAAGCAGAGGAAAAGGAAGUUGCUCUAUUGUAAGCAAGAAAAAGAAAUGGCAUGUGUGAAUACACAUGAUGAGUGUCCUGUCUUUUCCUGCAGGCAAAGUGGGUAUUUACCAUUUCUGUGAUAGACUGCCUUUACCCAGCAAUUACAAGGCCUUUGGAUGAGGGGUCCAAAACCUACAUUUUAAACAGGCAACUAGAGCUACUACUGUUCGCCAGCUAUGAAGGUUCAUUGUCCAAAACACACCAUGUGGAACACUCAGCCCCAAAAGUGGUUGUUGUCUCAAAUACAGUUGGUUGGGAAAAGUAGCAGCCUAGCAGCAGACAGGACUUGAAUUACUGCUUUGAAUACUCAGACCUUGGGUAAGGUCUUUGGAUCACAGAUGUUCAGAUCUGGUCCUAAGAUGUCUAUUUCUAGCAAGAAUUACCCUUAUUCUUGUGCAAUCACUGCAUUGGGAGGAGUGGUGCCAGGUCAGGGAGGUGAUUCUUCCCCUCUGCUAGUGAGGCUACACCUGGUAUAUGGCCACAUGUGCUGUGUCCACAUUCUGGGCUCCCCCGUGAAAGGAUGACAAGGCCAUGCUAAAGAGAGUCCUACAAAGGUGGACUGGAAGGGACUGGAGCAUCUCUCCUAUGAGGGAAGGCUGAGAGAGCUGGGACUGAUCGGCCUAGAAAAGAGAAAGCUCAGAGGGGAUCUCUCUAAUGUAUAUAAAUAUUCAAAGGGAGGGUAUAAAGAUGGAGCCAGACUCUUUUCAGCAGUGUCCAGUGACAGGACCAGAGGAAAUGGGCAACUGCAACACAGGUGUUGUCAGAACUUCAGGAAACAAAUUUUGACUGUGGGGGUAACUGAGCCUUAGAACAGGUUGCCCAGGGACCUUGCAGAGUUUCACUCCUCAAGGCACUCAAAAGCCAUCUGGACUUUGUCCUCAGCAACUGGCACUAGGUGACCCUGCUUGGCCAGGGGUGUUGGACCAGAUGACCUGUAGCCAUCCCUUUCAAUCCCAACCACCCUUUGAUUCCCCUUUUUACAGCUUUUCUGAGUUCCUAGACCUGGGUUACAACAACCCAAGGCACCAGGGGAGAGCAGAGCAGCUGGAAAUCUGCCUGCCACUAAAGCACCUAGGUGUGCUGGCUGACAGUGGCUAAACAUGCUGAACAGGGGCCAGUGUGUGCUCAGGUGGUCAAGAAAGCCAACAACAUCCUGGCUUGAGGAGGUUCAGAGGGGACCUUAUCACUCUCUAUAACCCGAAAGGGCACUGUACCAAUGUAGGGGUCAGUCACUUCUCUCAAGUAACAAGGCACAGGACAAGAGGAAAUACCCUCAAGCUGUGCCAGGGGAGAUUCUGUAUAAGGAAAAACAUCUUCACCAAAAGGGUGGUCAGGCAUUGGAACAGGCUCCUCAGGGUAGUGGUGAAGUCACCAUUUAAUACCUACAGAAAGAGGUAUUGUAAAAUACUUGUAGAUGUGGCAUUCAGGGACACAUGGUUUAGUGGUGGACUUGGCAGUGCUGGGUUAAGGGUUGGAUUAGAUGAUCUCAGGAGUUGUUUUCCAAUGUAAAUGAUUCCAUGAUUCACCAGCCUGAAAAAGAAUACUGCUGUUCCAGGGUGAGUCUGGUGCUAACAGCCAGGCUAUUACAGUUAUGGCAUUAAUUUAUAUAAUUGCCGUAAAUUCCCCUCAGUUAGAGGUGUAAUAAUGUUAUAGAUCACUGAUGAUCUUUCCCCAUCCUGUUGCCUUUGAACAAAACUAUUUGGAAAAGACAGGUAACUGCAUCUUUUCAUCCCUGCUUUUCUCUUUGUUCUUGCAGCAGCUCAGUUAAGCUGUAAGAACAUUCCCACACACAUGCACAUUCGUGGUGUAAGAUAGUGUAGGGGUAAGAAGCUCUUCACCCACAGAACUCCAAGAAAGCAACAUUAGUCUUUUUCUAGCCUAUUAUGAUAACUUGCUGUACAUCAUGUGAAAAAAAGACAAAAAAAAAAAAAAAAAAAAAAGUGGUGAUGCUUUGACCAAUACUGUCACUUUUCGUAGUUACUUGAUAACUAUGCAUGAAUAUAGUAACAUCUACAUUGCUUCUCAAACAACUGGAAAAGUUCAAUACUGUUUUAAAAACUAUUUUGUUAUGGUACUAUAAAAGUGGCAUAUUGUUGGCUCUCAUUUAUUCUGAAAUUUGUGUACUGCUCUGUAGUAAGCACCUUCCUAAGGAUUUUAAAACUACCUAAUGCUAGACUACCUGCCAGCAUAUAUAUAAAGGAGAAGAAAAUUUUAGUCCAUUUUUAUUACAGUUUGGAUAUUUUAGAAAUAAACAUCUUUCAGGGAUGAAACUAGAAAUCCUGUGCCUAUUUGUUAGUAUUUCUGAAAUGUUUCCAUUUAUUUGUCAUUCAAGAUCCAUUGUAGCCUCUGGAGAUACACUGUCACCCUGAGGCAGCUGAUCCCACAAGUCCCCCAUGUCCUUCCACUGAGACACACCUCUGUUCAAGACCACUGCAAAUAUUACAACUGUGCAGUUGCUCGGGUUUCUACUGACUGCACCCAACCAUGUUGUUGUACCACAGUUGUUUCUUGUUUUUAAAUGCACUACACUUGUAAGCAAAAUCAACAUUCUAUUA